ACUUCUAAUCUCGCACUCUCCCAGAUAAACAACUGCACCAUGGAUUGCAAAGGAUUUGACUUGUCCUUGGCCGUAGAAAGCUCCUUCAACAACAUGGACUUUCAAGAUGAGUUACACUGCAACUCCGCAGAAAUGUGUGGACUCUACUGCGACCUCCACAACGGACCUCAUGUGAAGAUUGUCCAGUCGCCUAAGAAUAUGCGUCAGGUUGCCAACGUGAUUAUUUCCCUGCAUAGGAUGAAGCACAGUCACAAGCCACAGGGCACAGAGUUCACUGACAAUGAACUUUACAACAUUAUCAUGGAGAAUGUGGUGGAAGAAUGUGUGGUCAGCAGCACAUGGAGCUCAUCUAAGAGUUACACUAAAACCGGCCGCGUCAUUCAGUGCGCUAUGUGUGAUAAGGUGCAGAAGAGUCUGGUGUUGAAUAAGACCAUACCUGAGCUUCAGGCGGUGAUUCUGAAGGGUGGCAGCCUUGAUCAGAGAGUGCGACUGAACUUGUCCAGUUACAUGGCUCCUGGCCCCCAGGCCAGUCAGGGCCAACCCAUUUGUCUCAGUAUCGCUGGACGCAACCUCUAUCUCUCCUGUUCAAAGACCUCCGAAAACCCUGCCCUGCACUUGGAGGUGGUUGAGGACAAAAAGGCUCUGAACAACAUCAGCGCUCAGGGUGACCUUGCCCGCUUCCUGUUCUACAGGAGAGGCACAGGUCUGUCAAUCAACACCUUUGAAUCCGUCAAGUUCCCAGGAUGGUUCAUCAGCACAGCACCGGAUGACUACGAACCCGUGGACAUGUGUAAAGAGGAGGCUGCUGAUCGAAUCAACACCUUUACACUCAUAGAUCAGAUGGAAACCAGCCUGAUUUAGAGAACAAAAAUUGUAAGAAUCAAUUUCCAUAACGUAUGUGCAAUGCACAGUUAUGAAUAUGGAAACUGUAUGGCCACUGUGUGAAGGCCUUGAGCAUCUAAGUAAAUUGCAUCGCAGCAGUUGCUAAGACGGGGAACAAACUAUCA